GAAGUUCAGGUCUGAGAUCAUCAUUCCCGAUUCUUCGGCCAUCCCUGAACCAUCCCUGAACAAUGUGGAGGCUCUCCGUUCUUGUGUUGCUUGCGACCGCGUCGGCGCAGAUUCCAUCUUUAGGAUGGUGUCCAGAUUAUCAGCCCAUGGCCAACUUUAACAUGAAUAGAUUCCUGGGCAACUGGUACGAAGCCGAGCGUUACUUCACGGUGUCUGAAUUGGCCACCCGCUGUGUCAACACAAAAUAUGAAGCCACUCCUGAAGGAAGGAUCAUUGUGUCCAAUGAAAUAACCAACUCAUUGACUGGAUUGAAGAGAGUAAUGGAUGGAACCCUCGAGAACAUCGGACGUGAAGGCGAGGGUCGGCUGGUGGUGAAGUACAGCUCACUUCCUGUGCCCUACGACAGCGAGUUCAGCGUUCUGGGCACUGAUUAUGACAAUUACGCCGUCAUGUGGUCGUGUAGCGGCAUUGGACCAGUCCACAUCCAGAAUGCGUGGCUGUUAACUCGGGAGCGACUUGCACCACCAGCGGUGUUACAAUCAGCCUAUGCUGUCCUGGACAAGUACAAGUUGUCGAGAACAUUCUUCGUGAAAACAAACCAAGGUGACUGCAAUAUUCUUCCCGAGCCGGCAGCAGAACCUAUGAUAAAGAGCGAGGAGGUGGAUGCUAAAAACGCCCCUAUCGUGCCUGAAGCUGAUGUUGAAGUUGAACCAUCAGUCGUGAAAAAGUCGGAUCCAGAAACGGUGCCCGAAAAAAUCGAGCAACCCGUAGUUCCCGAAAUGCCUGCUGAAACUAAGCCAGUGGAUAUCCCUGAAGUUAAAGCUCCAGAAGAAAUGAAACCAGAGAAAUUUGAAAAGCCUGAAGAAAUGAUGGAGAAAAAGGAAGAUAUGCCUAUGAAGACCGAGCAAAUGGAGAUGAAGCCAGAACAAAAAGAAAAAAUGCCAGAAAAAACAGAGAAGAAGCCAGAGAAAACAGAGAAGAAGCCAGAAAAAACAGAGAAGAAGCCAGAAAAAAUGGAGAAGAAACCAGAAAAAUUGGAAAAACCUUUGCAAUAGUGUUGUUUACAAUUUAUUAGGUCCUAAUAUUAAUUCAUUUUGAAUGAUAGGCUAUUGAACCAAAUAAGUCAGUCUAAAAGUGAAACCACUAGGAUUUUUCUUGUAGGAAAUAAAAUGAUUUGAGUCAAAUAAACUAUUUUUAUUUA